GAGAGCCGCUCGCGUGAACGCCCACCGCUUGUGAUUGGAAAACCGUCUUCUACCUCUUUAAAGUAGUCCCAUUUUCCUAUUCUCUCACCUCACUCUCAAUCUCUCUCUCUCUUCUCUCGCUCUUGUUCUGCUGUCCAUACUUUGCUCUAAAACCCUUUUGUUAAACCUCGAGCUAGACAAAAUCCAUGGGGAAGGUUAAGAUCGGAAUCAAUGGCUUUGGAAGAAUUGGACGUUUGGUUGCUAGAGUUGUCUUGCAGAGGGAUGAUGUAGAACUUGUUGCUGUUAAUGAUCCAUUUAUCACCACUGAUUACAUGACAUAUAUGUUCAAGUAUGAUACUGUCCAUGGACAAUGGAAACAUCAUGAGGUUAAGGUUAAGGAUGAUAAGACCCUUCUUUUCGGUGAAAAGCCAGUCAAAGUCUUUGGAAUCAGGAAUCCCGAAGAGAUCCCUUGGGGUGAAACUGGAGCAGAGUUUGUGGUGGAGUCUACUGGAGUAUUUACAGACAAGGACAAGGCUGCUGCUCACUUGAAGGGCGGUGCAAAGAAGGUUGUUAUUUCUGCUCCUAGCAAGGAUGCACCCAUGUUUGUUGUUGGUGUCAAUGAAAAAGAAUACAAACCUGAUUUAAAUGUUGUGUCCAAUGCCAGUUGCACUACAAACUGUCUUGCCCCCUUGGCUAAGGUCAUCAACGAUAGGUUUGGCAUUGUUGAGGGCCUUAUGACCACUGUGCACUCUAUUACUGCCACUCAGAAGACUGUUGAUGGUCCUUCAAGCAAGGACUGGAGAGGGGGAAGAGCUGCUUCAUUUAACAUUAUUCCCAGUAGCACUGGAGCUGCCAAGGCUGUUGGGAAAGUUCUUCCAGCCCUCAAUGGUAAAUUGACUGGAAUGGCAUUCCGAGUUCCAACAGUAGAUGUUUCAGUUGUGGAUCUGACUGUUAGAUUGGAUAAACCUGCUACCUAUGAGCAGAUCAAAACUGCCAUUAAGGAGGAGGCUGGGGGCAAACUCAAGGGAGUUUUAGGCUAUACUGAAGAGGAUGUGGUAUCUUCAGAUUUCAUCGGUGAUAGCAGGUCAAGCAUCUUCGAUGCUAAGGCAGGGAUUGCUUUGAAUGAGAAGUAUGUGAAACUUGUUGCAUGGUACGAUAACGAAGUGGGUUACAGUACUCGCGUGGUUGAUUUGAUUGUCCACAUGGCUUCAGUUAAAGCUUGAGGCUUCUUCCAAUGAGAUUGUGAAAGUGCAGCACUUCAUGGUUCUGAGUUGAAACCUAGGAUUUCUCUCGCCUGCCGAGUUUCUUGCAGUUUUUCCUAAUGUCUGUGGAAUAAGAGUUUCUUAAUCGGACGUAAUAGAUUGUUUUUUUUUUUUUCUGUUCCCUUUUUUUCACCAUGUGAAUCAUCAUGGUUGUGUUUAUCACUUUUGAAGUGCUGAGAUGUGGAAACUAUUUUGGGAAUUAGAAGAUUCGGAAUAAGUAUUGUCUUUUUCCUGGUUUUUGUCGUGGA